AUGGCCGCCCCCGCCCCCGCCCCCGCCCAGCCCGCAUUCUCCUUGCACCCCUCCCGCCGCCCCGUCAUCUACGCCACACACGGCAUCGUAGCGUGCACGCAGCCCCUCGCCGCCCAGGCUGGCCUCAACAUCCUCCGUAAGGGCGGGAAUGCCGCUGACGCCGCAAUUGCUGCUGCCGCAGUCCUAAACGUAACAGAACCAACCAGCACCGGCCUCGGCGGCGACGUCUUCUGCCUCCUCCACCAUGCCCCCACCUCCACCCUCCACGGCAUCAACGGCUCGGGCCCCUCCCCCUCCUCCCUCACGCUGCAAAAGGUCCUCGCCUCCCUCCCCCCCAAUCACACUGAGUGGCGCAUCCCGGCAGCCAAUCCACUCAGUGUCACUGUCCCCGGCGCGGCCGCCGCAUGGUGCGACAUCGUCACCCGCUUCGGCAGCGGGAAGGUGUCGCUGCGCGAGAUCUUCGAUGACGCGAUCCGCAUGGCUGAGGAUGGAUUUGCGCUGAGUACGUUUGCGGGAAGGUGGUGGGGGGAGUGUGCGGGGGUGCUGCGCGGCAGCGGGCGGGAGGAGAUGCUGCUGGCUGGGAGGGCGCCGAGGGAGGGGGAAAUUAUGAGGGUUCCGGAGCUGGCAAGGGUGCUGCGGGAGGUGGCGGAGCGCGGGAGGGCUGGGUUUUACGAGGGGUGGGUGGCGGAGAGCGUGGUGGGGGAGGUGCAGGCGCUGGGCGGGGUGCUGGAGAUGGAGGACAUGGCGGGCAUGGGGGAGCGCGGGAGCGAAGAUGUGGACCCGGUGUUUGUGGAGUAUGCGGGCUAUAAGCUGUGGGAGUGCGCGCCGAAUGGACAGGGGCUUGUGGCACUAAUGACGCUGGGGAUUCUGAAGGCGUUGCAGGAGAGGGGCGUGGUUGGGAAGAUUGGCGGGGAGGGCGGGAUGCAGCACAAUUCGCCCGACUAUCUCCAUGUCCUGAUCGAGUGCUUCCGCAUCGCAUUCACAGACGGCCGCUGGUACAUCACCGACCCGCGCACCAACCCGGACCCCACCGCCGCCCUACUCUCCAAGGCAUAUCUGCACCAACGCAGCACGCUCUUCUCCCCCACGCAAACAAACCCCACCCACCCCAUCAGCCCGCCCUCCCUCUACCCAUGUGACACCACAUACCUUUCCACAACCGACGCCCACGGCAACUCCUGCAGCUUCACAAACUCGCUCCAGAACGGCUUCGGCACCGGCAUCGUCCCCCGCGGCACCGCAACACCGCUGCAGAAUCGAGCCAGUAGCUUCUCGCUCGACCCCGACGCGCCGAACUGUGUGGCGCCCGGAAAGAGGCCGUAUCAUACUAUUAUUGCGGGGAUGGUGACGGAGCGUGUGCCGGGCGCUGCGGAGGGUGAGGGUGGGGAGAAGGAGGGUGGGAAUGGUGGGGAGGGGAAAGGGAAAGGCGUAAAGUUGAAUGGCGAAAGGAUCAAGAGCGUCAUGGGCUGCAUGGGCGGCCUUAUGCAGCCGCAGGGCCACGUCCAGCUCUUUAUGAACUUGCUCGUCUUCAACAUGGACCCGCAACAGGCGCUUGACGCACCUCGAAUCUGCCUCGGCCUCCCCGGCGACCGCUUCGCAAUCACAAAAGGCGUCUGCCUCGAGUCGGGCAUCAGCGCCGCCACCGCCGCCGCACUCCAAGCGCUCGGCCACACCACGGCCGAGAUCACAGGGUACGAGAGGACCACGUUUGGGCGUGGACAGAUCAUCAACUAUAACUACACGCAUGGUGAAGAUGGCGAAGAGAGGAUCGUGUAUAGUGGCGGCACAGACCUGCGGGGCGACUGCCAGGCCGUGGGGUACUGA